UGAUUCACCCUUGCUUUUAUUUUGAAAAUCAUCUGAGCCGGAAGUGUUUGCCCUGGCGACUGUUGUGGGGAUCAGUGCUCUGCUGUUACACGUGUGUAGCUGUCAAAGAAGCGUUUAUCCCUUUACAAGUGCCCACAUGACUUUGAAUAGUGAUAGGCUGAACCACAGUUGAUGUGUAGGCACUGCUGAGUGUUCUCUACGCAACAAUGGCUGAUGCAUUCAGCAGCAGCUCGGAGACGGUAAUUCAGCGUGUGGUGGACGUAACAGUGAAGACAAACACCCCUCUGGAUAAACUUGAAGAGUUGUAUGAGAUUAAGAAGACUUGUGAAUUCAUCGCUGAACGUCAAUUUCAGAAGGUUGCCCUUCAGUUUCCUGAUGAGCUGCUGGUGGAUUCAGUUGCAGUAGCAGUGGAGAUUGAGAGAAACAGCAAUGCCAAGCCUUACAUUUUGGGAGAUACAUCCUAUGGCAGUUGCUGUGUGGACGAAGUAGCUGCAGAGCACGUCGGAGCUGAAUGCAUUGUGCACUAUGGCAGCGCCUGCCUCAGUCCGUCUAAAAGGCUGCCCUUGAUGUACGUCUUUGAGAGACGACCAAUGGAUCCUGACAAGUGCGCGUCUGCCUUCAGAGAACUCUAUCCUGACACACAGAGUCACAUCAUCCUCCUCUAUGAUGUCAACUACAUUCAUGCCAUCAAGGACCUUCAGACCCUCCUUUCGCAAGAGUAUCCAAACCUCGUCUGCUCAGAACUUGUUGUCGAAGGGGAGCAGUGUUACAGUCAUGGAUGGAUUAAAAGAAAACAUGAUGACACCUGUGUGUCAAACCAGGAUGACAACCAGGUUGUCUGUCAGUUUGGAAGACAGUUCUCCUUGAAAAGCGGCUUAAGCAUCACGGAUUACAGUAUGUUCUAUAUAGGCCAAGAGGGAGCCGUCCUCAGAAACUUCAUGAUGACGUGGAAUCGCUGCACAUUUUGUUCUUUUGACCCAAUCACCAUGAUCGGGAGGACUGAAUCGAUAAGUAUCAACCGUGCACUGAUGAAGCGAUAUUAUGCAAUAGAAAGGGCCAAAGAUGCCAAUGUGGUUGGCAUCCUGGUCGGCACGCUUGGGGUGGCCGACUACCUCACAGUCAUCCAACAGCUGAAGGAGACAAUCAGCCGAGCUGGCAAGAAGAGCUAUAUGUUCGCCAUGGGGAAACUGAACGUGCCCAAACUAGCAAACUUUCUGGAAAUUGACAUUUUUGUGUUGAUUGCAUGUCCCGAGAACUCACUGCUGGACUCCAGUGAGUUCUACAAACCUGUAGUAACACCGUUUGAAAUGGAAGUGGCCUGCAACAAGAAGAGGGAGUGGUCAGAGGAAUAUGUCACAGACUUUCGACAGCUCCUGCCAGGUGGACAGAGUCAUGUGCCGUUGUCUGAUCAGCAGGAGGACGGCGAUGAGACUGACGUGUCAUUAAUCACAGGAGCUCUGCGGAGCAAAAAUCUGUUGAUCAGUGAGCCUGCAGAGUCGUUAUGUGGCUCUUCCGUGGUCCUCAGGAACCAGACGAUGACCGUAGCCAACACUAACUCAGCUGCAUCUUUCCUGGCAGAAAGAAGUUGGCGUGGCUUAGAGCAGAAAUUGGGGGAGACGCCUGUGGUAAAGGCAGGAAAGGGCAGGAAAGGCAUAGCUAUUGCCUACGAAGAGGAAGGAUGAGCAUCGUGAUAAUUCACCAAAACAUUUAC